AAAAAACCAGACUUGUCCAUUUUUCUUGUAAAGAAAUAAGGAGACUUUAGUCUGAUAAAUCUAUAGCUUCUCCGACCGAGGAGGAUUCGAUUCGAUUCGAUGAAGGCUUCUCGAGUGUUGGCGGCUGCGGCGGGGAGGGUUGGACCGGCGAUAAGGAAGCAAGUGUUAACCUUAACGGACGAAGCUGCCUCUAGGGUUCAUCACCUCUUGCUUCAGAGGCAAAAACCUUUCCUCCGAUUGGGCGUUAAAGCAAGAGGCUGCAACGGUUUAUCAUAUACUCUCAAUUACGCAGAUGAGAAAGGGAAAUUUGAUGAGCUGGUGGAAGAGAAAGGUGUGAGGAUCCUUGUGGAACCAAAGGCCUUAAUGCAUGUGAUUGGAACAAAGAUGGAUUUUAUCGACGAUAAACUAAGAUCAGAGUUUGUGUUCAUCAAUCCAAACUCGCAAGGUCAAUGCGGGUGUGGUGAAUCGUUCAUGACAACAUCUACUUCCUCGAGUGCUAAACAGAGUGGAUAGUGUUGCUGCUGCACUAUCUUAUAGUACUUGACAAACAAGUCCGGUCGUUGCUCAUUAUAUAUUCCUGAAGCUUGUGAUUUGUGGAGAGAUCAAUUAAUGUAUUCUUUAUAACACAAAAGUUAUAAUAAAAUGUUGGAUUAUGUAAAAAGUAAUUGAUCUUAGAAUCAGGAAUUUUCG